GGUGCCGCGUGCAGGUAGUCCCGUGCUCAUUCUCCACGUUUCUCGGCACGACCGAGAAACUUUUCGCCGCGGAAACCGACCUGGACCUAUCCUCAGGACACGUCGAACGGUUCGCCAGCGUUCGAGCCGCGAGUCGAUCGCGGAUAACCGAAGCGCGCAGUGAUUUAACGCGAGUUAUCCGGCCGACAAGCGCGCGGUUGCGCCGCGAAUCGCGAAAGAACGGAGCGCGAAAGAAAUACCAGUGCUUCGGAAUUAGUUGAAGAAAUUCUCGAGGAAAUUCUCGAGGAAAUCAGAACUCAUCUACGAUCAUCCUGUCUCUUCUAUGAUCAUCGUCGAAGCGAAUCGUCGACGCCGCGAGCAGUCUCUCGCCUGUGAUCAAGAGAUCGACCACGUGUUUUUCGAUCCAGCUGCGAUCACGGAGCAAUUUUCGACGAAAUCUCGCAUCGCAGCUGUCACGAGAAACGUUCCAGUGAUUUGACCGUCCUCGAGCACGCGGUGAAACGGGUUCGUAGAGGUCCCAGGAACCGAAUCCGCCGCGCAUCGGUCGAGGAAGUGCGGCUCGGCCGAAGAGGAAGCCCCGCGAAUUUCGCGCCGUGCAGCCGGUGUCGCCGUGAAUUCGAGGCAGAAAAACUGUGCCAACGAAGCACGUGGCACGCCGAAGUGGAACGACUCGGCCGAAAGAUGCAGCGAGUCGUUAACGCGCGGCGGAAAGGAUUCAUCGUCGUCCAGGAAGCGGAAUUUCUUGGUCACGCUUCGUUCCUCGAGCGAUCCUCGCGUUUCUCGACCCUGCCGGACCGUAUAAUUGCCGCCGAUUCUGUUGUUUAGAGCGCGAGGAAUAUUAAUAUCAUCAUCGUGGACGAAAUUGUUCGAGGGGAAACAGUUUUCGCCGCGAUCGCGAAGAGAAGCGGAACGAAAAGCCGACGCGCGGCGCGCGCUUAGAUCGAAGUGACUUCGCUCGCCAAACGAGUUUAUGCUUUUUAAUCGAGUCUACAACUCGUCUGGCAACGGGUUUUCUCCUGGCACAUCCGGCACGCGAUUCUUCCUGUAGUAUUCGCGACGGAUCUGCCGCCCCGCGGGCCCUUUGAACGCCCGGCCACCUGUUUCCCAUCGAUCGCGGCGCCGCCUCUUCCUUCCUGCCUCGUCGCGAGUGCCACGAUAAUUAAAAAAAAACCGAUUGCAGGCUUCUGAAGUGCCCCUUGCGUCUAUCAGUCGCUGCCGAUUCGAAAUAGAAAUAAUAUUCGCUUGGUAAAAGCGGUGUUUCGGCGACAGUUUCGGAGAACGUAGGAAAGCGAACGCCGCUGCCGUCGCGAAAGGAGACCAAAAGGGGAUCGAAAGGGAACCAAAAGGGAGCCGAAGGUUCCCAGAACCCGAUCAAAAGGCGCAUCACCGCGGCAAGUGCAGCAAAGGUGUACCGAUCGUGGAACGAAAGCAGAUAACGCUCCUCGCCGAACGGAACUCUCUCGGCGCGAGAGUUCGUGUUUGCUCGGUGCCAGAUGGAAAAGGAGACAUGUCGGUCUCCUUGAACGUUGCCCUAAUCGCGGCGAUCACCGAGCGAAGUCUCGUCGUCGAAGUUAAGAGGCCGGCGGUGUUCGAAUUUCGCGGAUUUCGGGAACAACGCGGCGGCGAAGCCGUUUCCGCGUCGGUUUAUUGGUAACGCGAUCAGCUUCCCGGGACCGGAAAUCGUUCGGCAGAGUUACAAUGAGUCUUCCAGGAGCGAUUUGUUGCGCGGAGUGCCGAUAAGUCGCGGGGGAAAAUGUUGAAGUGGAUAAAAGUCCGGCAGGACAUGUCGGCGACACCGACGCCGCUCGAGCGAGAGAAAAAGGACGAGGUGGCAAAGGUCGAAGUUGAAGAAGUCACCGCUAAGACGGCGGAGGAUGAAGAGGAGGAGGAGGAUAGCGGCAUGGAGCGGGAGGACACGCCGUCCAAUAUCGAGUUGAACGAUCUGCGGAAAGAGCUGUUCUCCCAACUCCAGUUUUCGCAAGAGAGCGCCCUGCCUCCUGACACUCUUCGACGAGCUCUCGCCGAGAGUUUUCUCGAUCAACAAAGGUUCCAACUUGGAUUCAUGGACGAUGCGGCGGAAUGUUUCGAAAACAUCCUUCUGCGAAUACAUCUUCACAUCGCUAACGGGGAGGCGGAGGACAUGUGCAGCGCGAGACACUGCGUGCCGCACCAGAAGUUCGCCAUGACGCUCGUCGAGCAAAGCGUCUGCGGCGCCUGUGGCGCCACCUCGGAACCUCUGCCUUUUACACAGAUGGUCCAUUACGUCUCGGCAUCAGCGUUAACUUCGCAAGCGAGACAAGCAGCACCGAAUUCUCGAAACAGUCCGGACCUUUUCGGACAACUUCUCCGAAAAGCUGGAGGCAUGGGCGACAUACGAGACUGUCCGAGUUCCUGCGGUGCCAAAAUCCAAAUUUGCAGGACAUUGAUGAAUCGACCGGAAAUCGUUUCCGUCGGGGUUGUAUGGGAUAGCGAACGGCCAUCGUUGGAACACAUUAUGGAUGUUUUCGCAACCGUGGGAACGUCUCUACGGCUGAGCGACGUUUUCCACAGUGUGGUCGACUCCCGAUGGGGUGCUUCAACGGUGCACAAUCUCGUUGGAGUGGUCACAUAUUACGGGAAACACUAUUCCACCUUCUUCUUCCACACUAAAUUAAAGGUGUGGAUCUACUUCGACGAUGCCACCGUGAAAGAAAUCGGUCCGCGUUGGGAGCAGGUCGUGGAGAAAUGCAGAAGGGGUCGAUAUCAACCAUUGCUUCUGCUGUACGCCACUCCUGGCGGAACGCCGGUUAACACGGAAAACGCUCCUAAAACAGUGACGCCGUUCCCAAAUGGGAAUGGUUUGAAGACGCCGCCGAAGAAUAAUGUUCGACGAUCGAUCACCCCGAGCCCGGAGAAGCCAUCGAUCAACAGCACUGCCAGACGUGCCAUCACACCGAAUCCAGAUAGUCCUCCUCAUUUUUACACGCAGCGCCGAAUUUACAGCGAUUACCAGAACCUGACUGACAUACAAAAUAACAUUUUCGGCAAUCAAGGUGUGGACGCAGUCGACGGCGACGUGGAGUCCAAGUACAUCAGCCGACGAGCAGUGGAGAACGUAAUGCAGCAACAGAAGAAGCAACAGAUGCAGCUGACGCGCAGCCUCAGCGCAGGCUCGUCGCCGCAGGAUGGCAUUAGCAUUCCGGAUCACUUGAACGUGCCGCGAAGACGGGAUUCCGGAAAUUGGUCCGGCGAUCGGAACAGCGCCUCUUCGAGCUCCUCGACAACGAUGGACAAUCCGUAUCUGUACAUCGUGAACAAAAUGCAGAGAAACUCCGGAGUGCCCAAGAGUCCGACGAGUAAAUCCGGAGAAUUAUCUAGCAGCAGCAGCGGUCAUUACGACGCCGGAUACGAUUCCUAUUCUUUGUCCUCCACGGAUAGUCUUCCGCUUCAGCAGGGUCUAAAGCACAACCUACAGCUUGCUCAGAUCCCGGAAGGCUACCAAGCAUCCUCAGGCGACGACUGCGAACGUCUCUGCAAGGAAACCGACGCGUUGCUGGACAAAUCCCGGGCAGCUGAAGACGCUGGCGAUCUCAGCACUGCGGUAGCCUUGUGCAGCGCUGCUAGCAGCAAAGCUAGAGCAGCAAUGGAUGCGCCGUACAACAAUCCCCACACGAUCACUAUAGCGAGGAUGAAACACAACACGUGCGUUAUGCGAACGAGAAGUUUGCACAGAAGGAUGCUGCAAGAGCAGGCUACCGCCAAUGGAGAGAAAGAAGAAGGCGUACCGGAGGCCAGACAUUCCCGAGAGAACAGCAAGUCGGGACAACACUCUCGCCAGAGUUCGCGGGACAAAGGGAACCAUUCCAGGCAGAACAGCCGCGAGGUUUUAACAAGCGCAACGGCGACGGUCACCGACAAGCCCGCAGCAAAGAGUAUCGAGAUCUACGCGACUCUGCCGAAGAAGAAGACGCUGCGCAGCAAGGCGACGGCCGUGAACGUGAUCGAAGACGAAGAGUACAUGCUGUACGACCGACCAGUACAGAGGACGGGUCUGUUCAGCCGUACGAAACGCUGCGACGACGACAAGAAGGACAAGAAACGUGCGCGCAGCGAGGAGCGGAAUAAGAAUGUCUCGAAAGAUUUCUCCAUAGCACCGUCGCGAUCCUCGCCCUCCCCUAAAGGCACGAAAACCGAGAAGUCCAAGGACAGCGUCGACGUUGCCGGUAACAAUGCGCGGAAUCCCCAGCAGAGCAACGUGAACGGGGAACAGAAGCAAGGGAAGAAACAGCACAAGAUUCGCAGGAAAUUGUUGAUGGGCGGUUUAAUCAAGAGGAAGAACAGAAGCAUGCCGGAUCUGCGGGAAGGGCAGGACGGUCAGACGAACGCGAGCGCGGAAGGUUCCUCCAACACCUUGCCGAAGCAGUCAGUGGACGAUUCCAGCGUUGGUUUGAAGGGCAACGAGGUGUGCCAAUCUCUGAGCGGUUACCUGUCAGAGGGCCACCUGGAGUUCACCGGGAACAGCAACAGCGGCAACCCCGGUAACACGAGCAACCCGAACCUGGAGAGAAGUCGUCUAAUGAGAAAGAGCUUCCACGGAAGCGCUGGCAAAGUGUUACACGUAGCGAAGGUACCUCCGCCCCCUCCGCUCAGGACCACUUCUCAGCUUAGCAAGUCUAAGUGUUCGGGCGAAGUGCACAACGAGCAACAGCCGGACAAGUCCAUGCAUCCGUCCGACGGACAGUGUUCCUCGAACACGGCCCAGGAACAAAACGGAGCUUAUUGGAACCACAUGAGCAGCGGAAACGCGUCGAACGGUUCCAACAGGAACUCGAACUACACGGAUUACUCGUCCGAGUCUCAUUCUUUACCGUUCCUGCCCUCCUACGGUAUGGAGCAAAGCGCCGGCAACGUCACCGCGUCCAGCCAGAACUACAACAACAAGCCUCGGAUUCAGGACGACGUCGUCCAGUAUGCUAACGGGAUCCUGUACGAGCCUACGUUCGUGGUAACCCGUGCGGACGUUCACAACGAGCAGAGUCCCGUGAAGCAACCGAAUCAAGUGGACAUGUUGCCACCGUAUCCAGAGAAUGGAAACGUCUCCCAUUCGAGGCAACCUAGCGAAGAUUUCCCACCGCCGCCAUAUCCUUCGAUCCACUCGGUUUCCCAUUCCAGGCAAGCCAGCGAAGACUUCCCUCCGCCGCCGCCACCGAUUGAGGACACUCCUAAUCAUGUUCAGGAUAGUCAGCACCAGUAUCAGCAGCAACAGUAUCAACAGCAGCAACAGCAACAGCAGCAGUAUCAACAACCACAGUAUCAGCAACAGUAUCAGCAGCAGCAGUAUCAGCAACAGCAAGCCUCGAUGUCCAUGCAACAGCGUCAACAGCAGCUGGAGAACCAACAGAUCAGCAGUUUGUUGAGUCAGUUACAGGUGAAGAGAGAUCAAAUCUUGGCUGCGAAAACUAGAGAAGAUAGAAGGCCGGUGGAGCAGGAGGACGAAGAGAAAGCUUCCAGCGAGACGUGGCUUCGCGAGCUGCAGGCCAAACAGGCCGAGAGGCGGCUGAAGAAGCAGAAUCCGCUGGAUCAAGACAUCCCGAAGGUCAGAUCGUCGCCUCCGACCAUCACGGGGCCGACGGUCGCGAGGAGGACCAGCGAUCUGAUGAUGAACAGUCUGGGACAAAAUUUUGAGCAAGCUAGUCGAGACGUGCCCGAUUGUCCCCGCGUCGUUUCCUCCGUGAAAGACAUGGCGGCCAGAUUCGAGCAGAUCAAACUGCAACCGGUCCCGAAGACGGACGCGGAACAAAAGGUUCCAGGUAAACAAAGCUGCGGCUCGCCUUCGCCGAUGAUGGACAACCCUCAAGACGUUCUGCAAACGGACGAACCGAGGCCGCUGAAACUGUCGUCGCAGAAUCUGGCCGCGUUCGCGAAAUCCGAUGCUCCUUCGAGCCAAUCGAUCUUGAACUCUAGCUUCGAGUCGAGUUCCAGCCAGAACACGUUCAUUUCCACUCCGGCAGCCGGCAAUCCCGCGACCAAUACGCAACAGAGCGGCCUAAAUGUCACGCUCAUGUCGAUGUCUCUCACGCUACCGCACGAGAACGGGCUGCCGAUCGAUUACCCCGAGGACGACAUCAGCGAGGUCGCGAUGCAGAACACCAUACAAAACACCACUAUUCUACCGAGCGAGGAGGACAUCGCCCCCAGAAAAGUGAAGCGCAGGAUAGGGAAGAAGAAGAGCGUCUCGUUCUGCGAUCAGGUGGUUCUCGUGGCGACAGCGGAGGACGACGAGAAGGACUCCUACAUACCAAACCCGAUCCUGGAGAGAGUGCUUCGCUCGGCAAUGAAUAAACCAGAGACCGCGCAAGUGCUCCGUGAGAUCAGGAGUCUGCAGGAGGCAGAACUGAACCGGGAAAACGGCACCGUCAUGAAGUUCCAACAGCAAACUCUUCCGUUGAAGAGCGAAGCCGACAGCGUCCCUGCCACGCCCUAUCAAGACCAGCUGCGAAGCGUGAACCCAAUACCGAUUCCGGACACUAUAAAGCCCACCUUCGCGAGGCAGAACUCGAACGAGUCGGUGGGCUCGUUGGCGGACAAGAAACUCUGCGGUCCGUACGCGAACGAGGGUCAGGACGUCGUCAGAGAAACGUACUCCGGGCUGCCGAACGUUUCGAAGCCGCUGCCCGCGUCGUAUUCGCCGCAAUUGCAACAGCAAAUCAGAUACUCCCAAAACGGAUACAUGCCUUACGUGCAAGCCACCUAUUCUCAAACCCAGACGUCCCAUCCAAGGAAUCAGGGUAUACCGAUCCCUCAAACGCAGAAACCGGCCAGCCCGUACCCCAGCCAAAUGCACAACCAGUACGUCCAGAACAACGUGCAACAACAGAAGCCUAUGUGCCAAAAGAACAGCUAUCAAACGUACUACCAACUGGAGCAGCAACACAAUCAGGUGAACAAGCAAAUGUCCCAGCAACAGCAGCCCAACAAUGUGAGCCAGAGAAUCGGCAACCACAACGCCAGCCCCAUCACGGUGCAGCACUCUCAGCAACAGUUCGCGUAUCAGCCGACGCAGUCGCCGAGCCCUUAUCAGAAUCAGUACGCCCACAGUUCCUAUCAAAGCUAUCCGUAUCAGUCGGUCCCGCAGCAGAACAGAGCGAACCAGCCGCUGCCGCAGUAUCAACCGCCGCCGAAUCCGCCGCCCGCCUCUUACCAGCAACAGCAGGGCGUCCAGAACUAUCAGCAGAGGCACGAGAACUAUCAGAGACCGCCGCAGAAGCCCGACCAACAGAAUAUAUUGGCGCCGAAUCAGACGUACCCGAAUCCUCUGCAGAACGGUCAGAUACAGUCGAACAUGAAGUACCCGACUUACCAGCAUCCGCCUGUGUCCAAGCAAAGCAAGCAGAUGCAUUUCGUCACCUCGGCGAAAGGCAGUGCCGCGGUUGUGCCGCAAUCCACGUCUUCCUUGCAGAAGCCCGCAGUUCCGCAAACGGUCAGGUCAGCGCCUUGCCAUCUGUGCCGGAAGAAACAGGUCACCGAGCCGGCGAUCUACUGCUCGGACUGCGACUUCUACAUGUCCCGCUUUCGGCCUAAAAAUUGAAGUCGACGAUGAAUGCCAAUGCAAGAGAAUGCCACGAGGUGAAACGUUUGUACCGGAACGAUAGGGUUUUCAAAUUGUUUUCGUACAAAUUUCAUUCGUUUUAUUCUCGCAACGCGUUAGAACUACCGUGUUUGGUUAAUUUUAGCAGAGCUUGUGAAUGAACUGGCGGUUAACUGAUAGAGCAGCAGCGUUUCCCUGCUUUGUACAAAAUUAGAUUAGACGUAGAGACACGUACCACGGAAGGACCUUCGUCGUGCAGCUAUUAGUUUUAAUUAAACCUGUAUUAUUGAUCAUGUAUUUAGCGUCGCUUGUAACUUAUGAUAAAUCCUGUAGAAAAAGUGUACACGAUUUGACUGCGAAAUCGUUGUCUCAUGCUUUCUUUGUCGCACAGAUAAGAAGUUCGUCUUUUAACGUCACAGCAUUAUUUGCUUCACUUCGGUUGUAUAUAACACGUUACUUUGGAUUACUCUGUGCAGUUUUUUCUUUGUAUAGAUUACCCGUUAAGGACCGUUCUUAGGCAACUUAGACGUAUUAUGAUUAGCUUCUAACGUUUCUGUUUUACGCGCACGUUCGACGUCGUAUUUGUACUUCGUUCGAGGGGACACAUUGUCGGAAUUGUGAUACUAGCCAUGCUACACGUACACUGUUUAUCGUUAAAUUGUAGAGACACAGUAUCGUGGGCCGGAUCGGGGAUAGCGAACGUAGCAAGCGUAGCGGAAGCGUGGACAGAAAUAUGAUCUCUGAUGAAAGCGUGAAGUUUCUUUUUUAUUUUAUGUUAAUAGGCGUUGAUGUUUCUAUAUAUAUAUAUAAAUAAAUAAAUAUAUCGUGUACUUAAAUAAUUACGUUACAUCGCGCGAUCGACUGCGUAUUAGAUCGGUGUACAAAUCCACGAUUUUAUACGUUUUGUAUAAGUA